GUUUAACUUUGUGAAAGUUGUCAACCAAUAUACUCAUAUGUUGAAUGAUUGAAUAUUUGAUAAUGUUAUUACCAAUACUGGGAGGUUAUUUUUGCGUUUCGUGGUUUUUCCAAAGAUUCCCACACAUAUUACAUCGAAAAAAGGAAAGAAAAUUUUCAUGCAGGCAUAUAAGCCAUCGAGGAGGUGGAGGUGAGAAUUUGGAGAACACAAUGACAGCAUAUCACCAUGCUAUUGAGUCAGGUACGGAAAUGCUUGAAUUAGAUGUACAUCUCACAGCUGAUGGUCAGGUCGUGGUAACUCAUGACAAUGACCUAGGUCGAAUAUGUGGUGUUGAAGUUAAAAUUUCUAAUACAAACUACGAGGAUCUACCAAGUUUGUUGCCCAUUCUUGAUGUACCUUUUCAACCUGGAGAACGUGCUCAUGGCAAGAAUGACGAUGCAAAAAUUCCUCUUCUUGAGUCAGUAUUUAAAGCUUUUCCCAACCAUCCUAUCAAUGUGGAUAUAAAGGAUAACAAUGAUAACUUGAUAGAAAAGGUUCAUCAACUGAUACUGAAAUACGAAAGAAAACAUUUAACUGUGUGGGGAAAUUUUAGUGAUGAAGUUAAUCACAAACUUUAUAAAAAGGAUCCUGAAAUACCAACACUGUUUGGCAUAUGGCGUUGUGUAUCAUUGAUUACCAUGUACUACCUUGGUGUUUUACCAUUUGUACCAUUAAAAGAAGGUUUUCUUGAGAUAUUACUACCUUCAACCCUUCUCAAGUAAACAAGAUCUUACAGAGAAUCAAAGAAGAAUUGUUCAAUGAUUGACUGGUUUCUUAUGAAUCCAUCUUUAAUAAAACAUUUAGAAAGACGAGGAAUCCCGACUUAUCUUUGGGUGCUAAACGAAGAUGAUGAAUUUGUGAAAGCAUUUGAACAUCUUGGUGUUGCAGGUGUUAUGACUGACUAUCCAACUAAACUUACUCAAUACUUAGAAAGGAACAUGGAAAUUAAAAUGACAGCAACACGGCUCACAAGAAUUUGUCCUGUAACAUCAUAAAUUUACAUUCAUGAACGAGGAUUGUUUACAAUGAUAUGGAUAAUCAAACUAAUUUUUGCUGACUUUAAUGUGAUACCACAAGUCAAGUAUUAUUUUGUCAUGUUAGAAAAUGAAGCUUAUACAAAUUUAAUUCAAUCACACAAUUGAAUAUUGUUGUUUAAGAAAUAUCUCAUUAUUACAAUUAAAAUUUCAAACAAAACAAA